AUGGCCGCUCGAUUUCUCGUGUUGCUCGCAGGAGCGUUGGCUCAUGAGCAUGGCCACCACGAUCACGAUCACAGCUGCAUGGAAAAGAAUACCUCCAUGGUGCCUUACCCAUGCAACACCACCACCUGCGACGGUUACAUCGCCUACGGCCAUGAAACCUGCACAUCCAGCAUGAAGUGUCCCGCAGUCGUGAUCAUUCAGGACUGGAAUGGAAUGAACGACUAUGAGAAGGAGCGUGCUCGCAUGCUGGCAGACAUGGGCUAUGUUGCCUUUGCUGCAGACAUCUAUGGCAGAGGCACUCCAGUUGAGGACAUGUCCGACUGGGCCGCAGCUGCCGGCAUGCACAGAGGCAACCCGGAUCUCUAUAUGUCCAAGAUCAACGCAGCACUGGACCAAGUCAAAUCGUACGAUUUUGUGGACACUUCCAAGAUUGCUGUGAUUGGCUACUGCUUUGGUGGCACGGGCGUGGUGAACAUGGCCAUUCUCGGGGCAGACGUCUUGGGUGUGGUUGGCUAUCACUCCGCUAUCAGUUCAAGUGCCCGUGUCAUGCGAGGCAACAGCACCACCCCAGUGACAGCAAAGGUGUUGCUGCACUCUGGCGUUGAUGAUGAUGCCGCCACCGACGUCGCCAUAUUGGAGGAGGAGUUGGAGGCGGCUGGCGCGACCUACGAGAUCGUGCGAUAUGGCGCGGACAUCUUCCACAGCUUCACCGAGUGGAGUGCCAACUCUCCUGGGCAGGCCAUGUACAGCCAUCGCGCUGACUACAGGUCCUGGGAAAGCACCAAGCUGUUUCUCCACGAGCUGUUCAUGGGGCUGCCGGCAGCAGCACGCGGGCCGGAGAGUGGCUCCCUUGACACGUCCAUGGCCAAUUACACCUGCAACACCACAACUUGUGAUGGCUAUGUGGCAUACAACAGCAGCCACUGCACAUCCAGCAUGAAGUGUCCGGCAGUCGUGAUCAUUCAGGACUGGAAUGGAAUGAACGACUAUGAGAAGGAGCGUGCUCGCAUGCUGGCAGACAUGGGCUAUGUUGCCUUUGCUGCAGACAUCUAUGGCAGAGGCACUCCAGUUGAGGACAUGUCCGACUGGGCCGCAGCUGCCGGCAUGCACAGAGGCAACCCGGAUCUCUAUAUGUCCAAGAUCAACGCAGCACUGGACCAAGUCAAAUCGUACGAUUUUGUGGACACUUCCAAGAUUGCUGUGAUUGGCUACUGCUUUGGUGGCACGGGCGUGGUGAACAUGGCCAUUCUCGGGGCAGACGUCUUGGGUGUGGUUGGCUAUCACUCCGCUAUCAGUUCAAGUGCCCGUGUCAUGCGAGGCAACAGCACCACCCCAGUGACAGCAAAGGUGUUGCUGCACUCUGGCGUUGAUGAUGAUGCCGCCACCGACGUCGCCAUGUUGGAAGAGGAGAUGGAGGCGGCUGGCGCGACCUACGAGAUCGUGCGAUAUGGCGCGGACAUCUUCCACAGCUUCACCGAGUGGAGUGCCAACUCUCCUGGGCAGGCCAUGUACAGCCAUCGCGCUGACUACAGGUCCUGGGAAAGCACCAAGCUGUUUCUCCACGAGCUGUUCAUGGGGCUGCCGGCAGCAGCACGCGGGCCGGAGUGCGAGCCUAUGACCACCACCAGAGAGACGCAGCAGGCCAGCUCCGCGGCCCGCGCGUGCUUGAGCCUCGGCCUGGCGCUGGCCCUGAAGGGCGGUUUGCUCUGA